AUGACGUCUAACGCCGCGCCUACGGCUCCCAGCGACAGACAGGAGGAGCAAUCGUUCGCACAGCACUUACAUCUGCUUCGAAAAAGGCCUAGCCAGGAUGAACUCCUAGAAACGACAACAUCGCCAAUCUUCACAAUGCCUGUCUUGAAAAUCACCGAGAAAUCAUUGUCACAAGGUGCCCCGGAGCCUUUUCCUCAAUAUGGAUUGCUCGGUGGGCUGGUUGAUGUAUUGCAGAACAAAGAACAGAGUAUCCUGAGAAAUGAACUGCACAAUGACCAAGACCCUCGCAUAUUCUUCAACGUUGCUGCCCCAUCGAGCACAUUUAUCUGCGGUUCUCAGGGAUCCGGCAAGAGUCAUACCCUAUCCUGUCUCUUGGAAAAUUGUUUAAGCCGUUCUGACGCAGGUCCACUUCCGAAGCCUUUGACUGGUAUCGUGUUUCACUAUGAUACCUUUAUUUCCGAUGAUGGUGGCUCCCCCUGCGAAGCGGCAUUUUUGUCCUCAAAUCCACAGAUCCAACGUACCUAUCAACGUCUGAAUGUUCAGGUCGAGCCGCUUCAGAUCAAUGAUUUUGAUCUGAACACAAAACGGAUGAUAGAAAUAAUGGCGAUAGAUAAUAGCGAAACCGUACCCCUAUACGUACACACACUCUAUCGUAUCUUACGGGAGAUGCGCGUAGUACAGCAAGAGGCGGGAGGCAAAUUCAGCUACCGCGAGUUCAAACGUCAAGUAAUGGAUAGCGGCUUGAGCCCUGCCCAGCUUGGGCCACUAAAUCAACGCCUGGAUACCUUAGAAAGCUUCAUGCCGAGAGCUCAGGUAGAUCGGACACCGGCAAACACCAAGAAGAAGACGCAAAAGGGAAAGCAUUCGAUCACAAAAAGUGGUUGGGAUUCCAAGCCUGGUUGGCUUACAAUUGUCGACCUUUCUUGCCCUUGUGUAACGCCAGAGAGCGCUUGUUCGCUGUUCAACGUAUGCUUGAGCCUGUUCAUCGAGCAGAGCAUGGCUGCGGGCCGAGUGAUUGCACUGGAUGAAGCGCACAAGUACAUGGGCGAUUCUGCGGAGGCUCUGACAUUGACCAAUACACUGCUAUCGAUAAUUCGCCUACAGCGUCACCUCGGGGCUCGCAUUAUUAUUUCAACCCAGGAGCCUACCAUAUCCCCCACGCUGCUCGACUUGUGUUCCAUAACAAUUGCGCACCGCUUUACCUCGCCCAAAUGGUUACGUAGUCUUAAAGGCCACUUGGCAGCUGUAGCCACGAAUGAACCUCAGCUAGAGUCGGGCGCCGAAUGCGACGACGCCGAUGAAAACGAGCAUAGGGGUUCAUAUAGCAAGGGAAGAGCUGCGGAGCGGAUAUUUGGCGAGAUCGUGAGGUUGAGAGUAGGAGAGGCGCUUCUCUUUGCACCGACUGCAAUCGUCGGCUUGAAUUUCGUCAGUGAUAGCACGACCGCGACUAAGACGCUCGGCACCGACUUUAUAAAGAUCAGAGUCAGAAAUAGGUUAACGACAGACGGGGGAAAGAGUGUGAUGGCAAUUUAG